GUAAAUGAUUGUGAACAAAGACGUUUAUACGAAAUAAAUGAGGCUCAGUAGAGAUUCUCUGUUUAACAUUACUCAUGAGUACGGAAGAGACUCUAUUAAAUCUCGACUUCGACAAACCAAAUUCUACAAUUGCGCCUACCGAUGACGGCGUGGUAUCAUUGUCUAGUAGUUCAGAAGAGAUUUGUUUAGUCCCAGACGUGGGAUUCGAGGGCACCGUGGAUUCUCCAGGGGUCAAUCGAGAGUCACAACCGCUUCUUGGCGGUCGUGGCGACUUCGAAGUUUCCUUCAAUCACUUCCCAGAUGACCCACAAUUCAGUGAGCUGGUGUGGCAAGCUGAGGUGGCUAUCGACAAUGGCAUCUUCCCCGAAAGAAUAUACCAAGGGUCCAGUGGCUCGUACUUUGUCAAAAAUCCUGGAACGAAAAUAAUAGGUGUCUUCAAGCCAAAAGAUGAGGAACCAUAUGGCAGACUGAACCCAAAAUGGACGAAAUGGAUGCACAAGUUAUGCUGCCCGUGUUGCUUCGGGCGCUCGUGCCUGAUCCCCAAUCAGGGGUACUUGUCAGAAGCGGGCGCCAGUCUCGUCGACUCCAAGAUAGGGCUGAAGAUUGUGCCAAAGACCAGGGUAGUGAAACUAGUGUCGGAAACGUUCAACUAUUUGCGGAUAGACCGCGAGAGGUCGCGGCUGAAGAGGGCCAUCACGGAGCAGUUCCCAAACCUUAGGUUCAACAGAAUGGGUCUUCCACCAAAGAUGGGAUCAUUCCAGCUGUUUGUGGAAGGCUACAAAGACGCUGACUAUUGGCUGAGGAGGUUCGAACAAGAUCCUCCGCCCCCACAUGUCAUGAGGAAAUUCCAGUUGCAGUUCGAGCGUCUCGUUGUAUUGGACUACAUUAUACGGAACACGGAUCGUGGCAACGACAACUGGCUCAUCAAGUACGACGCGCCGGCCAGCAACCAGGAUAUCCCAUUGAGGGAGCCCUCUGAAUGGGCGAGUUCAGAAAUACGAAUAGCUGCCAUAGACAAUGGACUCGCGUUCCCAUUCAAACAUCCGGAUUCGUGGCGAGCAUACCCGUACCACUGGGCGUGGUUGCCGCAAGCAAAGCAACCCUUCAGUCAUGAGACCAAAGAGCUGGUACUGCCACUGUUGUCGGACAUGAAUUUUGUACAGGAGCUGUGUGAUGAGUUGCAUAUACUGUUCAAACAAGACAAAGGAUUCGACAAGGGACUGUUCGAGCGGCAGAUGUCAGUGAUGCGCGGUCAAGUGUUGAACCUAACGCAGGCGCUCAAAGAUAACAAGAGUCCAGUGCAGUUGGUGCAGAUGCCGGCCGUCAUCGUAGAGAGGUCCAAGAGCGGCAGUUCUACGUCGACGCGUUUCUUCGACUCGUUCCAGCAACGAUUCCAACACAAGUCGCCUUUCUUUUCCUGGUGGUGAAGCGCCGAUAAUCUGAUAUUGUUAUUUCAAAAUGGUGAUAGUUCCACGAUGACCCUGAUAUAGAAAAACCAAUUGUAUGUAUAUGUACCUGAUAAUGUCUAUGGGCGUCGUGUAUGUAAUGAUUAUAAUCAGACCCCACCGGGUC